AUGUCUACCUUACAGAGAUCCCUCAAUGUCCUGCUGCGGACCAGCAGGUUCGCUGCCCAGCGGCCAUCUGCCAUGAACCCAGUCCAGUAUGUCUUCUCUCACAACAGAAUGUCUGCUCGAGGAAUGGCUGUUGCUUUUGAGCGUACCAAGCCUCACGUCAACAUUGGUACCAUUGGACACGUUGAUCACGGAAAGACUACCUUGACUGCUGCCAUCACCAAGCGUCAGUCCGAGAAGGGAUUCGCCAACUUCCUCGACUAUGGCUCCAUCGACAAGGCCCCCGAAGAGCGAAAGCGAGGUAUCACCAUCUCCUCUGCUCACAUCGAAUAUCAGACCGAGAACAGACAUUACGCUCACGUUGACUGUCCCGGUCACGCCGAUUACAUCAAGAACAUGAUUACUGGUGCCGCCAGUAUGGACGGAGCCGUUGUCGUCGUUGCUGCCUCUGAUGGACAAAUGCCUCAAACCAGAGAGCAUUUGCUCCUUGCCCGUCAGGUCGGUGUCCAAAAGCUCGUCGUUUUCGUCAACAAGGUCGAUGCCGUCGAGGACCCAGAGAUGUUGGAGCUCGUCGAGCUAGAAAUGCGUGAGCUUCUAAGCCACUACGGUUUCGAGGGUGAAGAGACUCCCAUUAUCUUCGGUUCCGCCCUCUGCGCCCUGGAAGAUCGACGACCAGAAUUGGGUGUUGAGAAGAUCGAUGAGCUUUUGAAAUCUGUGGAUGAGUGGAUCCCCACCCCAGAGCGUGCCACCGAUAAGCCUUUCCUCAUGUCCAUUGAGGAAGUGUUCUCCAUCGCCGGUCGUGGAACUGUCGUCUCUGGCCGUGUCGAGCGUGGUAUUCUCAAGAAGGAUUCCGACGUUGAAAUCAUCGGUGGAUCUGAAACUCCCAUCAAGACCAAGGUCACCGAUAUCGAGACCUUUAAGAAGUCUUGUGACGAAUCCCGAGCUGGUGACAACUCCGGUCUCCUUCUCCGAGGUAUCAAGCGUGAAGACUUGAGACGUGGAAUGGUCGUCGCCGCUCCCGGAUCAACCAAGGCCCACACUGACUUCAUGGUCUCCCUUUACGUUCUAACUGAGGCCGAGGGUGGUCGUUCCAACGGUUUCACUCACAAGUACCGCCCACAAAUGUUCAUCCGUACUGCUGACGAAGCCGCAUCUUUCAGCUGGCCUGGAGAGGACCAAGACAGGAAGGCCAUGCCCGGCGACAACGUUGAGAUGAUUUGCAAGACCCUCCACCCAAUUGCCGCCGAAGCCGGUCAACGAUUCAACAUCCGUGAAGGUGGCCGAACCGUUGCCACUGGUUUGAUCACCCGUGUCCUCUAA